AUGAAAAAUUCUCCCUAUCGUCAAUCACGUCUGGAGGAUAUCCCAUCCGACAUUCUAAACAUUCUGAACGAUGACUGCCUUCAAGAGAUUUUUCGUCGUCUAACAAAUGUCCGUGAUUUUUUGAGUGUUGCACAAGUGUGUACUCGUUUUCAAGAAAAUGCACAACAAUGUAUUCCAUCACAGUUCAAGGAAAUUUCAAUUCGAGGCGGAUUUUUCAUCAAUUCAAUUCCCACGCGGCUUUUAACGUGUUUCUUACAAAUUUUUGGAGGUUCAGUUAAAUCGAUUCGCUGGCAUACAACAGAACGCAAUUCAGACACAGAAAAUAUGAAUAUACUCGCUGAUCAUUGUGGAAAAUCAUUGUUAGAGUUAACAAUCAGUGACCAUAACAUCGACCUUGACACUCGAUCCGAUUUUGAGGUAUUAGAAAAAUUAGAAAUCGAAACUGGUUUAAUUAAAAACUUUCGAAUUUUUCCACAACUAAAAGUGUUGAAAUUGAAGCUUGUAAAAGUGUUGACUUUCGAUUCAAUUGUGCAAAUAAUUCCAAAAGUUGAAGAAAUCGAAUUAGUCAAUAUAAACGGCUUCACCGACGAUAUGUUGAUUGAGUUUUUAACCAAAAAUCCACAGUUGCGUCGAUUUAAAGUUGAAGGUUGUAAACGAGUUUCGUCGUCGAUUUUACGAGACAUCAGCAUUCGUGUACCACACCUUGUCAGUUUGCAUAUCAUGUUUUUUAAUCCAUUUUUUGAAAACGAUGACCUUUUGCACAUUGCCAAUUUGCGGCAGUUAAAAUGCCUUGGAAUUUAUUGCAAUCGAUUUUCAGCGAAAUCUUUGAUUGAAUUGUUGGUGAAAAAUAACGUGCAAUUGGAGAGUUUGAGCAUAAAUGGAUAUGGAAAUAGUUUGGCUGAAGCAAUUUUGAAUUUAAAUUUACUAAAGCAUUUGGAUGUUGGCAAUGUUUCCGAAGAGAUUUUCAUUCGAUUCGUUGAAAUACUUUCAUCAUUGGAAGAAAUACGAGUUCAAUGCAACGAUAUUACACCAGAUGGAAUGGAGACGAUUUUAAAGUGUGGCAAACACUUAACGAAGCUUACCAUCGUCAGUGGAUGCCAGAUGACUGUGGAUUUGGAUAUCUAUAACUCCAUUUUGAUAUUGGCCAAAGAUCGUGUACGUGUUUUAUUGAUGAUACGCACUGAUGAAAUAACAUUGAAGAAAACAUUGAAUUACAACCGAGAUUGGCUGAAUAUUUGCUAUUUUUAG